CCCAACUUUUCUGAAAGUCUCCGAACUCCAAGCUCCGGGACCGCUGGACAGACUGACAGACAGAAGGAGGGCCUGGAGGGGAACCGACCGAGGACCCAUACGGGCAGGGAUGGAGUGGGCCUCCGGGGAACACAGGAGGGCCUGGGGGGGACAGCGUGUACACCAGAAGCCUGGACUGGACCUGCUGCUGAGUGUGCUGGCUGCUAGCUUGGCGCAGGUCCUGGCCUUGACCCCAGAUAUGCCAGGCUGCUCAAGGGGAAGCUGCUACCCAGCCACUGGAGACCUGCUGGUGGGUCGCGCAGACAGACUGACUGCCUCAUCCACCUGCGGCCUGCGCGGCCCCCAGCCCUACUGCAUCGUCAGUCACCUGCAGGACGAGAAGAAGUGCUUCCUAUGUGACUCCCGGCACCCAUUCUCUGCUCGUGACAACCCUCAGAGCCAUCGUAUCCAGAAUGUUGUCACCAGCUUUGCACCACAGCGCCGGGCAGCCUGGUGGCAGUCAGAGAAUGGUGUCCCUGUGGUCACCAUCCAGCUGGACCUGGAGGCUGAGUUCCAUUUCACACACCUAAUUAUGACCUUCAAGACAUUUCGCCCUGCUGCCAUGUUGGUGGAGCGUUCGGCAGACUUUGGCCGCACCUGGCAUGUGUACCGAUACUUCUCCUAUGACUGUGGGGCUGACUUCCCAGGAGUCCCGCUGGCCCCUCCACGGCACUGGGAUGAUGUGGUCUGUGAGUCCCGUUAUUCAGAGAUUGAACCAUCCACUGAAGGCGAGGUCAUCUACCGUGUGCUGGAUCCUGCCAUCCCUAUCCCAGACCCCUACAGCCCACGGAUCCAGAAUCUGCUGAAGAUCACCAAUCUACGGGUGAACCUGACUCGGCUGCAUACACUGGGGGACAACCUGCUUGACCCACGGCGGGAGAUCCGUGAGAAGUACUAUUAUGCCCUCUAUGAGUUGGUCGUGCGUGGUAACUGCUUCUGCUAUGGACAUGCCUCACAGUGUGCACCCGCCCCAGGGGCACCAGCCCAUGCUGAGGGCAUGGUGCAUGGGGCAUGCGUCUGCAAGCACAAUACUCGUGGCCUCAAUUGUGAGCAGUGCCAGGAUUUCUAUCAUGACCUGCCCUGGUAUCCAGCUGAGGACAGCCAUAGUCAUGCCUGCAGGAAGUGCGAGUGCCACGGGCACUCCCACAGCUGCCACUUCGACAUGGCCAUGUACCUAGCAUCUGGCAAUGUGAGUGGAGGCGUGUGUGAUGCAUGUCAGCACAACACAGCUGGACGCCACUGUGAAUUCUGCCGGCCCUUCUUUUAUCGUGACCCAACCAAGGACCUGCGGGACCCUGCCGUGUGCUGCUCCUGUGAUUGUGAUCCCAUGGGUACCCAAGAUGGCGGUCGCUGUGAUCCCCAUGAUGACCCUGCACUGGGGCUGGUCUCAGGCCAGUGUCGCUGCAAAGAGCAUGUGGUGGGUGCUCGCUGCCAGCAAUGCCGUGAUGGCUUCUUUGGACUCAGUGCCAGUGACCCUCGAGGCUGCCAGCGGUGUCAGUGUGAUGCACGGGGCACAGUGCCUGGAGGCACUCUUUGCGACCCCGACAAUGGAACCUGUUUCUGCAAGCGUCUAGUGAUAGGACGUGGCUGUGACCGCUGCUUGCCUGGCCACUGGGGUCUGAGCCACGACCUGCUCGGCUGCCGCCCGUGUGACUGCGACGUGGGUGGUGCCCUGGAUCCCCAGUGCGACGAGGCCACGGGUCAGUGCCGCUGCCGCCAGCACAUGGUCGGGCGACGCUGUGAGCAGGUGCAGCCGGGCUUCUUCCGGCCCUUCCUGGACUACCUUACUUGGGAGGCCGAGGACGCCGGAGGACAGAGACCGCUUGACUUGGUGGAACGUGUGGCGACCCCAGGGGGAUCUCCUUCCUGGACGGGCCCUGGGUUUGUGCGGCUGCGAGAAGGCCAGGCACUCGAAUUCUUGGUGGCCUCUGUGCCGCGGGCCAUGGACUAUGAUGUGUUGCUGCGCUUGGAGCCCCAGGUACCUGAACAGUGGGCAGAGAUAGAACUGACUGUGCAGCGCCCACAGCCUGUGUCACCCAGCAGCAGGUGUGGGCACGUGCUGCCUGAGGAUGACCGCAUCAGAGGAACUCUGCAACCAGACACCAGGUACAUGGUGCUUCCUAGUCCUGUCUGCCUUGAGCCUGGCAUCUCCUACAAGCUAAUUCUGGAGCUUGUGCGAGCAGGAGGAAGCACCCAGCCUGGGAACUCCUACUCUGGACCUGGCCUGCUCAUUGACUCGUUGGUGCUGCUGCCCCGUGUCCUGGUGCUGGAAAUGUUUAGUGGGGGUGAUGCUGCUGCCUUGGAGCGCCAUGCUACCUUUGAACACUACCGCUGUCACGAGGAGGGUCUGGUGCCCAGCAAGACUCCCCCCUCUGAGACCUGUGCCCCCCUCCUCAUCAGCCUAUCUACCCUGCUCUAUAACGGAGCCCUGCCCUGUCAGUGUGACCCCCAGGGCUCAGUGAGUUCUGAGUGCCAUCCCCAUGGUGGUCAGUGCCUGUGCAAACCUGGAGUGGCGGGGCGCCGCUGUGACCUCUGUGCCCCCGGCUACUAUGGCUUUGGCCCCAUGGGCUGUCGAGCCUGCCAGUGCAGCCCUGAGGGGGCACUUAGAGGCCUAUGUGAAGGGACCAGUGGGCAAUGCCCCUGCCGAACUGGUGCCUUUGGUCUUCGCUGUGACCGCUGCCGACGUGGCCAGUGGGGCUUCCCUAGCUGCCGACCCUGUGUCUGCAAUGGGCAUGCAGAUGAAUGUGACACCCACACAGGAACUUGCCUGGGAUGCCGUGAUCACACAGGGGGUGAGCACUGUGAAAGAUGCAUUGCUGGCUUCCAUGGGGACCCGCGACUGCCGUAUGGGGGCCAAUGCCGGCCUUGCCCUUGCCCUGAAGGUCCUGGGAGCCUGCGGCACUUUGCCACUUCUUGCCACCGGGAUGGGUACUCCCAGCAGGUUGUGUGCCACUGCAGGGCAGGCUACACAGGGCCACGGUGUGAAACUUGUGCCCCUGGGUACUUUGGGGAUCCAUCGAGGCCAGGUGGCCAGUGCCAACUGUGUGAGUGCAGUGGGAACAUUGACCCUGUGGACCCUGAUGCCUGUGACCCCCACACGGGGCAAUGCCUGCGCUGCCUACACCACACAGAGGGGCCACACUGUGCCCAUUGUAAGACUGGCUUCUAUGGGCAGGCCGCCCGACAGAGCUGUCACCGCUGCACCUGCAACCUGUUGGGCACAGAUCCCCAGCAGUGCUCAUCCACUGAUCGGUGCCACUGUGACCCAAGCAGUGGACAGUGCCCAUGCCUCCCCAAUGUCCAGGGCCUAAGCUGUGACCGCUGUGCCCCCCAAUUCUGGAACCUCACCAGUGGUCAUGGGUGCCAGCCCUGUACCUGCCACCAAAGCCGGGCCAUAGGCCCCACCUGCAAUGAGUUCACAGGACAAUGUCACUGCCGUGCUGGCUUUGGUGGGCAGACCUGUUCGGAGUGCCAGGAACUCCACUGGGGAGACCCUGCAUUGCAGUGCCGUGCCUGUGACUGUGACCUUCGUGGAAUAGACACACUUCAGUGUCACCAUUCCACAGGCCACUGCAGCUGUCGCACCGGUGUGUCUGGUGUGCGCUGUGACCAGUGUGCCCGGGGCUUCUCGGGUGUCUUUCCUGCCUGUCAUCCCUGCCAUGCAUGCUUCGGGGACUGGGACCGAGUGGUACAGGACUUGGCUGUCCGUACACAGCGCCUGGAACAGUGGGCACAGGAGCUGCAGCAGACAGGUGUGCUGGGCGCCUUUGAGAGCAGCUUCAGGAACAUGAAGGAGAAGGUGGACACUAUACAGGGCAUCGUGGGUGCCCGCAACACCUCAGCUGCUUCCAUCGCACAGCUUGUAGAGGCCACAGAGGAGCUGCGGCGUGAAAUUGGGGAGGCCACUGAGCACCUGACCCAGCUAGAGGCAGAGAUGACAGAUGUGCAGGAUGAGAACUUCAAUGCCAACCAUGCACUAAGCAGGCUGGAACGGGAUGGGCUUGCUCUUAAUCUCACACUGCGGCAGCUCAGUCAACAUCUGGACCUGCUCAAGCAUUCAAACUUCCUGGGUGCCUAUGACAGCAUCCGCCACGCCCACAGCCAGUCUGCAGAGGCAGAACGUCGUGCCAACAGCUCAGCCCUGGCAGUGCGCAGCCCUGUGAGCAGCUCAGCAGUUACCCGGCAACGGGCAGAAAUGCUGAUGGGUGCCCAGAGGGAGAACUUCAACCGCAAGCAUGUGGCCAACCAGCAGGCACUGGAUGAGCUUUCUGCCCGUACCCACACCCUUAGCCUGACAAGCACAAAUGAACUGGUGUGUGGGGCUCCGGGGGAUGCACCCUGUGCUACAAGCCCUUGUGGAGGUGCAGGCUGUCGGGAUGAAGAUGGGCAGCCUCGCUGUGGGGGCCUCAGCUGCCAUGGGGCAGCAGCCACGGCAGACCUGGCGCUGGGCCGGGCCAGGCACACUCAGGCAGAGCUGCAGCGGGCACUGGCAGAAGGUGGUGGCAUCCUCAGCCAGGUGGCUGAGACACGUCGGCAGGCAGGCGAGGCACAGCAGCAGGCACGGGCAGCCCUGGACAAGGCUAAUGCUACCAGGGGACAGGUGGAGCAGGCCAACCAGGAGCUGCGGGAACUUAUCCAGAGCGUGAAGGAUUUCCUAAGCCAGGAGGGAGCUGAUCCUGAUAGCAUUGAGAUGGUAGCCACCCGGGUGCUUGAGCUCUCCAUCCCAGCCUCACCUGAGCAAAUCCAGCACCUUGCAGGUGCAAUUGCAGAGCGGGUUCGGAGCCUGGCAGAUGUGGACACAAUCCUGGCGCGUACUGUAGGAGAUGUGCGUCGGGCUGAGCAGCUACUGAAGGAUGCACAACGGGCACGGACCCAGGCUGAGGGUGAGAGACAGAAGGCGGAGACCGUGCAGGCAGCACUGGAGGAGGCCCGACGGGCACAGGGUGCUGCCCAUGGUGCCAUACAGGGGGCAGCAGUGAACACACAGAACGCAGAGCAGACAUUGCACCAGGUGCAAGAGAGGGUGGCAGGUACAGAACAGGCACUGAGCUCUGCAGGUGAGCGAGCUCGGCAACUAGAUGCACUCCUGGAGGCUCUGAAACUGAAACGAGCAGGGAACAGUCUGGCAGCCUCUCAGGCUGAAGAAACAGCAGACAGUGCCCAGGGUCGCGCCCGAGAGGCUGAGCAGCUCUUGCAGGGCCCACUGAGUGACCAGUACCAGACAGUGAGGGCGCUGGCUGAACGCAAGGCACAGGGUCUCCUGGCUGCGCAGGUGCGGGCAGAGCAACUGCGGGAUGAAGCUCAGGUCCUGUUGCAGGCUGCUCAGGACAAGCUGCAGCGGCUGCAGGAGCUGGAGGGUACCUAUGAAGAGAAUGAGCGUGCUCUGGAAGGCAAGGCAGCCCAGCUGGACGGGCUGGAGGCCAGGAUGCGCAACGUGCUUCAAGCCAUCAACCUGCAGGUCCAGAUCUACAAUACCUGCCAGUGACCCCUGCCCAGGGCCUACCCCAGCACCUAGCCCCAUCCCUCACGCAUACUGUGUCUGCAUAUGGAAGAGCUCCCAGCCCUGUAGGGCCCCCAAUAAACCGGUUGAACUCCUA